GCCCGCAAUACCUCCUCCUCAGCUCUGAAUGAUCCCGUUUGGCAGCUUCCCCCGGGUCAUAGAAAGUUCGGGAACUUUUCUUAGGUCUUCGAAUGUGCAGUGACCUCCCAACACGUGUUCACCUCUGCGCUUGUCUUUCGUGGGGCCGAGGACACCAGACUGGACCCGACAGAGCCUGCGGGAGAAUGGUGGCCGCCUGACUGGAGUCCCUGACAGGAAAAAUCCCUUCCAGGGAAGAAGAGCGGGUCUGCCCUCGGUGGAGGUCGUCGUGUGCCCCGCGAGGGCAGAGGGGCGGGCAGUAAGCGGGAAAGUCAGGAUUGGCAAGCGCGGGAAAGCUCUGCUUCCAAACAAGAGGGGCCCAGGAGGCCAGCAGUGGAGAAGAGCCCUGGGGCCGGUGGACCCAAGAGGCUGACGCACCUGACCCCCGGACCGGCCGAGGGACCCUGAGGUCAGGGAGUGGCAGGUGGUGGCCAGUGGACAGGUGAGCACCGCCCGCUUUAGAGGACUCUAGAGGGACUAGGAGAGAAGCGUGUAUCCCGACAACAUAUGGAGUCCCUGUUAAUAAGGCGGGUGGGGACUGGAAGCACAAGAUUUGGGGUGUGGCCUUAACCGGAUCAGAUUUAUAGUCACCUUAAAGGAAGACCGCAGAAAAUACUGGUUGUAUUUGGACUUAUAGUUGCUGCAUUUGGGUGACUGUGGAACUGAGGAAGAGAUGCUGGUCACAGGCAGAAGUGUCUGCAUGGUUAAACUAUGUGCUCCAAGCGUCUGGUGACCCUGGCUCGGGGACUUUCGCCCGCCUUCCUGCGCUUCGGGGGCAAAAGGACCGACUUCCUGCAGUUCCAGAACCUGAGGAACCCGGCGAAAAGUCGCGGGGGCCCCGGCCCGGAUUACUAUCUCAAAAACUAUGAGGAUGACAUUGUUCGAAGUGAUGUUGCCUUGGAUAAACAGAAAGGCUGCAAGAUUGCUCAGCACCCUGAUGUUAUGCUGGAGCUCCAGCGGGAGAAGGCAGCUCAAAUGCAUCUUGUUCUUCUAAAGGAGCAAUUCUCUAAUACUUACAGUAAUCUCAUAUUAACAGCCAGGUCUCUAGACAAACUUUAUAACUUUGCUGAUUGUUCUGGACUCCACCUGAUAUUUGCUCUAAAUGCACUGCGUCGUAAUCCAAAUAACUCCUGGAACAGUUCUAGUGCCCUGAGUCUGUUGAAGUACAGUGCCAGCAAAAAGUACAACAUAUCUUGGGAACUGGGUAAUGAGCCAAAUAACUAUCGAACUAUGCAUGGCCGGGCAGUAAAUGGCAGCCAGUUGGGAAAGGAUUACAUCCAGCUGAAGAGCCUGUUGCAGCCCAUCCGGAUUUACUCCAGAGCCAGCUUGUAUGGCCCUAAUAUUGGGCGGCCCAGGAAGAACGUCAUCGCCCUCCUAGAUGGAUUCAUGAAGGUGGCAGGAAGCACAGUGGAUGCAGUUACCUGGCAACAUUGCUACAUUGAUGGCCGGGUGGUCAAGGUGAUGGACUUCCUGAAAACUCGCCUGUUAGACACACUCUCUGACCAGAUUAGGAAAAUUCAGAAAGUGGUUAAUACAUACACCCCAGGAAAGAAGAUUUGGCUUGAAGGUGUGGUGACCACCUCAGCUGGAGGCACAAACAAUCUAUCAGAUUCCUAUGCUGCAGGAUUCUUAUGGUUGAACACUUUAGGAAUGCUGGCCAAUCAGGGCAUUGACGUUGUGAUACGACACUCAUUUUUUGACCAUGGAUACAAUCACCUUGUGGACCAGAAUUUCAACCCAUUACCAGACUACUGGCUCUCUCUCCUUUACAAGCGCCUGAUUGGCCCCAAAGUCUUGGCUGUGCAUGUGGCUGGGCUCCAACGGAAGCCACGGCCAGGCCGAGUGAUCCGGGACAAACUAAGGAUUUAUGCUCACUGCACAAACCACCACAACCACAACUAUGUUCGAGGGUCCAUUACACUUUUUAUCAUCAACCUGCACCGAUCAAGAAAGAAAAUCAAACUGGCCGGGACCCUCAGGGACAAGCUCGUGCACCAGUAUCUACUGCAGCCCUAUGGACAGGAGGGCCUGAAGUCCAAGUCAGUGCAGCUGAAUGGCCAGCCCUUAGUGAUGGUGGAUGAUGGGACCCUCCCAGAACUGAAGCCCCGCCCCCUGCGGGCCGGCCGGACAUUGGUCAUCCCUCCAGUUACCAUGGGCUUUUAUGUGGUCAAGAAUGUCAACGCUUUGGCCUGCCGCUACCGAUAAACCACCCUCACAGUCACAAGCUACCAGCAGGCCUGCUGAACUGCUUUCCACUCUCCUGCCCUAAUAGUGUCCUUAUUUUUCAGACAUCUUCUUAGCAACAAAACAGUCUCUGCUGCCCAAUCCUGCUGGAAUCAGCACAGACUUGCUCUGCAAAGAGACAAAUGCUGUAGCAUGAGCUUAGCCUAGGUAGGCCACAUCCGCCCCGAAGGAAAAUGUAGACAUCACCCGUACCUAUGUAAGGAUGAAGGUAUGUGUGUAGACCUGUAUGUAUCCAUGUACACGUACCAUGAAAACAAGCUGACGGCACACUCCCAGGACCAAGGAAACAACUCUCCAUGAUCCUGGUCACAUAGCAAUAGAACUAUGGCUCUGAGCCUGUGAUGGCUGCCCUCCGCAGAAGAUGAGGAAAGAAAUAACCAGGUGGGCCUGAAAGAGCCCAGCCCUCUCCCAACUCCUUUCCUUGGCCUGUUCCCUUCUGUUGCCCUGGGUUUCCUACCACCUCUCUUCCCACAGGGGAACAAGUGGGUGGGUCAGCGCCGGCCUGCUGGGCAAGCUGUUUAUGUCAUUUCCUGGCUGAUGUAUGAGUGUGCGCAUCUGGGCUUCUGACAGUGGCAUCCAUCACUCGCUAUUCCUCUGGGAAACGGGUGCUUCCAAAGUAAAAUUGCAAUCAUACUCCAGGUUUUGUAAAAGGGUUCUACUCCUCUGUGAAUCCAGAUUCCCCCUGGGUCGGAAUGGGAGUCAGGUAACAAUAUUCAUGGAGUGGAGAACAAUGUAUUAGGCACCACAAAAAGCAAUCAUCAUCCGUCAUGUGUCUGGGAGGGAGAGAGUUUUAGUACGAAGAGAAAGCACGCUGAACCACCACAGACGCAUGCACACAUGCACGCACACCCCAACUGAACAAGCAAGUAAUUAGACCUGCAUCAAAUCUGAGAGAAUCUUAAGAGCUUGUAGAGCAAGCCCUUCAUGGCUUGUUUGACC